AUGGAUCCACCAGCAUCUCCCCCCAAGCGGGUUACUCGAUCAAGGGCUGCUCCAAAGAGCAGUGCUACCUCUGGUACAGCAGCCUCUGCGGCCAAGUCCAAGCCUGUCGCCGCCGCGUCAAAGACCACCAGAACGACCCGUACUGCUGCUGCUCCCACUGCCAAGUCUUCUCAUACUGUCGCUGCCCCAUCUACAAGGACAUCGGUCAAGCGUAAGACGCGGGCCGACGACGAUGAAGAUGAGAGUGAGCCCGAGACGGCAGCCAAACGGCAACAGCCCGCUUCUAGGACUGCUACCAGAGCGACACGCGGUCCAGGCCGGCCCAAGAAGACUGUCGAACCCGAACCUACGCCGGCUCCUGCGCCGGCUCCUGCACGAGCUACGCGUGGCAGGCCGGCCAAGAAGGCUAUCAAAGAGAACGUGAAAGAGGAGGAACCAACAAGAGCUACUCGCACACGGACCAAGAAGACACAAGCUGGUGAGGAUGAGGCCGCGGAUGACCUUGCACCAGUGGCACCUGUCAAGAAGCCCACCCGCGGUCGUCCUGCCGGUACCACUACGUCUACUAGUGCGCAAGUACCCAAGCCUGUCAAGAAGACAGUCACCUUCGCGGAGCCUGACAAAGAAAAUCUUGCACCAUCUGCAGCAGUCAAGCGCAAGCCCGUAGCUGCCAAGGCUGCCGAACCCACCGCUGCUGGCAUGCGCGCAAAGCCAGUGCGAAAGCCCACGACUGGCCGAGCGACCAGGACAGCGGCAACAAAGAAGGGCACGAACGCGACCGAAGACAAGGCGCCGAUGCCCCUCAGCCCUAAGAAGGUUACGCAGCUAUCUGCAAACAGGGACAUUGACACCGAGUCUGAGGAUGAGCUAGCCAUGGACAAAACACCGGCAAGGGCAUUCCGCCGGAGUCCUGUGAAGCCUCCUGUGGCCAUGAAGCCCACGGAUGAGACGAAGGACGAGGCACUGUCCACAGACGAAGGCACAGAGGCAUUGGCUCCCACAGAGCCUACGAUCCUGCUUGGUAGCCCCGUGCGAAGACCACCACCAUCACCGUUCAAGGAUUCAAUGAAGUCCCCUGCUAAGAGGGUAGAGGGUCUGCAGUUGGGACUCCCUGCGAUCAAGGAGUCGGCGCAGUCAGCCAACUCCCCGUCCAAGGCAUCCUUGUUCAAGUCACCAGCAAAGCGAUGCCCGGUGCCGAUCAACGCUACUGAUCUCAAUUCAUCCAGCCGACAGGACACAAUUGCUUCGUCUCCCUUCAAGCAAUCUCUCUUCCAGUCCCCGGCGAAGCGACCGUUCUCACCCAUGAAGUCUCUGAGAUUGCCGGAGCCGGAGCCGGAGAGCAUCGCGCGGUCUCCUGCUCCGACUCCCGUACUGCUUUGCACACCAUUUCCAGCACCUGCAGUCGACCCAGUGCCCGCAGCCGAGGAACAAGAAGAGGUCAAAGCUGGCGCAGAGGCCGACGCAGAGGAUGCUGAGCUUUCAAUUGAUGAAGAUGCGACUGAUGAUGAAGAUGCGCCUUCUUCUUCAGCUGCCGAAUUCAACGGUCGAAUGUCCACAGUUCUACCUCGUGCAGCGGAUCCCACAUUGACGCUUGAAACCUCUCUCACAAAUGAGUCAAUCAACGAAGACAACGAGGAUGACCGGGAAACGGUUGUCCUCGAGCGGGAGCAGGAAGAAGAGCAGAAGGGCGUUAUCGAGAGCCACAGUGAAAUCAUGGUCUUGGAUGAGGCUGUACUCGAGGGUGAGAGUGUUGCCCACGACAGCAUCAGCACUACACCACCAAACUCGCCUCCCAAACAGGCACUGAGCAUGUUUGGACUUCAACAGAGGGACACCGUCUCUUUCGAUAUGAGCUUCACAGAGUCCGAAGACGAACUUACGCGCGUCAUGACCCCGAAAUCGGCGUCUCCCACUAAGCACAUGAAGGGCAGUAUCAUGAGGCCCCGGACUUCUGGGUUUGGAUUUACUCCUCUGGCACAACGCUUCGACUCGUGGCAAGCUGGCAGCCCUCUCAAGAAUGAGCUCAAGGCCACGACGCCAAAGGGAGUCAAGUCGACACGACCAAGAGAGACUCGAGCCUCGCUUAUGCAGGACGAUUUCUUCGAGGACGAGAUGUGUGUCCGCCCUGACACGGAUGCCAACGACUCCAUCAACGAAGACGAUCCGCUGGCUGGUAUCCCUAUGAUUAAGGAUCCCAUUGUCGAGGACAUAUCCGUCACAGAAGAGGAUCUGGACCUUGCCGCAGAGGCGAAUGAAAUGUCUAUGAUGUCGCCGGAGCAAGUCGAGUCGAUGCUCAACCUGGAUGGCCACGAUGACACCAUGUCGGAUGCCAGCCAAGAGUACGGCGAUGAGAACGAGGUCCCCGCUGGAUUUACCCAGGAUGGCACACGGGUUCCUCCUGUCACUCCCCAGCGAACCCUUCGACGAGAAGUUCACACCGUAUCCAAGAUACCUCUCAAGCCUGCGGAUGAGUCCACCCCACCACCACAGCCAUCGUUGAAGAAACGAAGACACAGUAUCUCUCGUCUUCCCGCGACGAGACCAACUCACGGUCUGACUAGGAGUGCCACCGUCAUUUCCUAUUCUCCCUCGCACAAGAUCCACGUCGAGCCUGCCUUCGAGGAGGCCGCAGAGGAGGAGGAAACUCGGUCACGAGCUGGAUCUGUGCCUCCAGUCACCCCGACUAAGUCCGAGGGCUGGUCAAACGCGGUCACUCCUGCUCGAACCCCUCGCCAAGACGUGGAUCCUGCCUUGCUUCGUGGAGCAGUCGUGUUUGUCGACGUCCACACCGUGGAGGGCGCGGACGCCAGCGCUAUUUUCGUUGAACUCCUCACUCAGAUGGGCGCUCGGUGCGUCAAGUCUUGGAACUGGAACCCCAAUGACGAGGAUGCAUCUUCCAAGAUUGGGAUCACGCAUGUGGUAUUCAAGGAUGGCGGCAAGCGCACGAUGGAGAAGGUUCGUGAGACGAAUGGUGUUGUGCAGUGUGUUGGUGUGGGUUGGGUUUUAGACUGCGAGCGUGAGAACGAGUGGCUCGAAGAAGCCCCUUACUACAUCGAUACGUCCCUCAUUCCCCGUGGUGGUCACCGCCGCAGAAAGUCAAUGGAGCCCAAGGCCGUAGCAAACCACAAUGGCACACUGGUGCCCGACUCUGCGAUACGCAAGGCGUCGUCAAGGGAGAGUCAGACUGCUCCUACUACACCCGCACCGGCGAAUCGCCGCGAUAGCGCUCUUUGGAUGCAUUCUCCUGAUUUUGAGGAUGACGAAGGUGAUGACGGCGAGGAACACUUUGAGAACUUCUACGAUGAUCACGAGGACUGGUUUGACGCCGCACCGCUGACCCCGGUUCCUAAGACUCCUGCCCCUGAAGCCAUCCGCCGGUUCGCCAUGGAGGCCACACCAGGCGGCGCGGACACUUCAGUGAGCGAGGCUGAUGACGAAGAGGACGAAGAGCUGUCGCAAGAGGAGCUCAUCCAGAGGACGUGCCCGCCGAAGGCACAGCACAUCUACGAGAACCUUGGCGCGGGAAUCCUGGGUCGGAGCAAAGACGAGAACGUGGUCAGAAGGCUGAUGGAUGCGCGGCGGAAGAGCCUGGCAUUCGCACCUAAAGUGUCGAGUCCGUUGGCCAAGAGCUGGAAGGAUUGGAAUUGA